AUGGAGAAUUUUGUUCAAGGCGAGAUCAAACGCUAUGCAGAAUCCGCCAAAGCCAAACCAUGUCGCAUCUCUGCCUAUGGGUUUGGAGAUUGGGGCCAGGAUAAGCUUUUAGUUGCCCGGGAGGGCGAAAAGAUUGUUAUGCAUUGUCACGGAGGUGCUUACGUGACUUGGACCGCGCACCCAGAGGACAUGACUGCCGGGGUGUCUAAGGGGAUAGUGAAAUUCAGUAGACCAACUAUUUCUCGUACACUAUCUAUCAAGUAUUGUUUGAGCAGCUCAGCUCCCUGGCCAUCGAAAUGGCCAUUCCCUACGAGCUUGAUUGAUGCGCUAUUGGGCUAUCAUUAUCUUAUCAACACUCUUGGAUUUAAACCUCAGAAUAUUAUCCUGGCUGGUGACAGUGCUGGGGGUAACCUUGUCCUCGCACUGACUAGAUAUCUUCGGGACAAUCCUCAGAUUGGCCUUCCUCUCCCUGGCGGACUACUCUUGGUCUCUCCUUGGUCCGAUUUAGGAGAAACGCACUUACAGCAACGCCCCAACAGCCUCAGUGGUAAAAUUCAUGAUCAAUGCAGCGACUUUAUGGCCGGUGACUGGAAAUCUCCCCUCUCAACGCUCAGACAUGGUAUCCGUUCGCUAUUAGGCAAUCAUCUUUCCUCCACCGACGCCAAGAAGAACCCCUACAUAAGCCCCGCUUCGCUUGAGCUGGACAAACAGAUUGUAGCCACAAUGUUCGACAACUUCCCCAGAACGUAUCUUGUUUAUGGAGAGGCCAAGAUUUUUGUCGAUGAAAUCAGAACGCUAUACAAACGCAUGGCCAAAAACAUUGGCUCAGAUCAAAUCGUGAAAGACGAAGUGCCCGAUGCGACUCACAAUAUGUUCGCUCUUGAAGUUUGGGAACCUGAGUAUAGCGAAGCUCAUAAUAGAUUUGCUUCGAGGGCGGCCUCCCUGCCUUGA